AUGGAUUCUGAAUAAAAAGUAGUUCUAAAACCUAAAAGUUUAGAAAGAGUGUCAGACGAUGCUUUUAAAUUACAUUUUAGUAAUGAUGAGGAAUUUCUCCAACAAUUAGAUGAAGCUCUUAGUUUAGUAGAGAAAUAUACAAUCCAUUACUAAGAAGAUAUUGAAAAGUUCAACAAAAAUUUAAAUCUAAAGCUGAAAUCAGUUCACACUAUAUCAAAAUUAGACCUCUAUGCACAUAAGUAUUUUGCUGUAGGCAAUAUGAGAGUCGCUUAUGAAAAAGUAGGAAAAAAUUACCCUUUCCAUGUUGUUGUAAGAUGCGAUGGUAAUUCAUUUUUUAGAUCUUUCCUUUUAGCUUAUCUACUUAAUUUGUUCUAUGAUAAAAAUGCAAAUUAAUUGAUUAAAUUUAUUCAAAGGAUUCUAAAUGUCUAGAAUAUGAACUUUAUUCACAAUAAAAUCAAAAGUAAAAAAAAUAAAAGCCAAAUUGACCUUGUGAGAAGUUUCUUAGUAUCUUUUGUUUUUGAAUUAAUUAUUAAAAUAUUCAACAAUGAAGAAUUAGACUUAGAAAAUUUAAUUAAGCAAUUCAAUUCAUAGCCUAUAAUAGACUUUGCAGCAAUAGUAUUCACUAAACACUUAGUGCUAGAAACAUACCAUGGUCUCUUGAAAGAUACAAAUAAUUCUUAAGCCUUCGAUUAAUCAAAAAAGUAGAUUAUUGAAGAAGUCCUCUAAAAAUUUAACAGUGAAGUUAUUGAAGAAAUUAUUCCUUUUGUAGGAAUUACUUUCUAAGUAGAAAUAAUUAUUUAAAAUUUAUUCAGAGUUUCUCCAAAAAAGAUUUCUACAUCUUAGCUUUGCUAUUCACUUCCUAACAGCUAAAAGGCUAUGAAUAAAAUAGUCUUGUGCAAUUUAUAAGAUUAAUAUAACAUACUUUUUUCUAAUGAAUUGUAUGAAAAAUUCCUCAAGUAGUAUGAUGAAAUUAUCAAUUUCUAACAUUUUGAUAGAUCAAAAUCUUUGCAAAAAGAAUAACAAGAGGAUUAAGGAAACGAUGAAGAAGAGGUUAAAUUAGAUGAAAAUGAUGAGGAUAAUGAAAAUUAAGAAUAGAAAGAGGAAGACAUUGAUGAUGAUGAUUUAUUACUAGAUGAAGAAGAUAAUAUUGACGUAGAAGCUUAAAACUUAUAAAAGUAAGAAGCUUAAAGAUAAGAAGAAAAUAAUCCAGAAUAUGAAGGCUAAGACAUUUAACCUUCAGAUGAUGAAGAGCUACCAAUACAAUUAAUUUCUCUUGAUAUUAAACCUACUGAAGAGGAAGUAAAACAAAAAAGAUUAGCUGAAGAAAAAGCUGAGCAAGAAAGAUUAGCAAAAGAAGCUGAAGAAAAAAGAUUGGCAGAGGAAAAAGCUGAGUAGGAAAGACUUACUAAAGAAGCUGAGGAAAAAAGAUUAGCUGAAGAAAAGAGGUUAGCAGAAGAAAAAGCUGAAUAAGAAAGACUUGCUAAAGAAGCAGAAGAAAAAAGAUUAGCUGAGGAAAAGGCUGAAUAGGAAAGAUUAGCUAAAGAAGCUGAAGAAAAAAGGUUAGCUGAAGAAAAGAGGUUAGCAGAGGAGAAAGCUGAAUAGGAAAGAUUAGCUAAAGAAGCUGAAGAAAAAAGGUUAGCUGAAGAAAAGAGGUUAGCAGAGGAGAAAGCUGAAUAGGAAAGAUUAGCUAAAGAAGCUGAGGAAAAAAGAUUAGCUGAAGAAAAAAGGCUAGCAGAAGAAAAAGCUGAAUAAGAAAGACUUGCUAAAGAAGCAGAAGAAAAAAGAUUAGCUGAGGAAAAGGCUGAAUAAGAAAGAUUAGCUAAAGAGGCUGAGGAAAAAAGACUAGCAGAAGAAAAAGCUGAAUAAGAAAGGCUAGCUAAAGAAGCUGAGGAAAAAAGAUUAGCUGAGGAAAAGGCUGAAUAAGAAAGAUUAGCAAAAGAAGCUGAAGAAAAAAGGUUAGCUGAAGAAAAGAGGUUAGCAGAGGAAAAAGCUGAAUAAGAAAGGCUAGCUAAAGAAGCUGAGGAAAAAAGAUUAGCUGAAGAAAAAGCUGAAAAAGAAAGACUUGCUAAAGAAGCAGAAGAAAAAAGAUUAGCUGAGGAAAAGGCUGAAUAAGAAAGAUUAGCUAAAGAGGCUGAGGAAAAAAGACUAGCAGAAGAAAAAGCUGAAUAAGAAAGGCUAGCUAAAGAAGCUGAGGAAAAAAGAUUAGCUGAAGAAAAAGCUGAAAAAGAAAGACUUGCUAAAGAAGCAGAAGAAAAAAGAUUAGCUGAGGAAAAGGCUGAGUAGGAAAGAUUAGCUAAAGAAGCUGAAGAAAAAAGGUUAGCUGAAGAAAAGAGGUUAGCAGAGGAGAAAGCUGAAUAGGAAAGAUUAGCUAAAGAAGCUGAGGAAAAAAGAUUAGCUGAGGAAAAAGCUGAAUAAGAAAGAUUAGCAAAAGAAGCAGAGGAAAAAAGAUUAGCAGAAGAAAAAGCUGAAUAAGAAAGGCUAGCUAAAGAAGCUGAGGAAAAAAGAUUAGCUGAAGAAAAAGCUGAAAAAGAAAGACUUGCUAAAGAAGCAGAAGAAAAAAGAUUAGCUGAGGAAAAGGCUGAAUAAGAAAGAUUAGCUAAAGAGGCUGAAGAAAAAAGAUUAGCCGAAGAAAAGAGGUUAGCAGAGGAAAAAGCUGAAUAGGAAAGAUUAGCUAAUGAGGCUGAAGAAAAAAGAUUAGCUGAAGAAAAGAGGUUAGCAGAGGAAAAAGCUGAAUAAGAAAGGCUUGCUAAAGAAGCAGAAGAAAAAAGAUUAGCUGAGGAAAAGGCUGAAUAAGAAAGAUUAGCAAAAGAAGCAGAGGAAAAGAGGUUAGCAGAAGAAAAAGCUGAAUUGGAAAGACUAGCUAAAGAAGCUGAAGAAAAAAGAUUAGCAGAAGAAAAGGCUGAGUAAGAGAGAUUAGCUAGAGAAGCAGAAGAAAAAAGAUUAGCUGAAGAGAAGAGACUUGAAGAAGAAAAAGCAGAAAAAUUAAGGCUUGCUAAAGAAGCUGAAGAAAAGAGAUUAGCAGAAGAAAAAGCUUAGUAAGAAAAGUUAGCCAAAGAAGCUGAGGAAAGGAGACUAGCUGAGGAAAAAGCUGAAAAAGAAAGACUGGCUAAAGAAGCUGAAGAAAAAAGAUUAGCUAGAGAGGCUGAAGAGAAGAAAAUAGCUGAAGAAAAAAAAUUAGCUGAGUAAAAAGCUGAGUAAGAUAGACUUGCCAAAGAAGCAGAAGAAAAAAAGCUAGCUGAAUAAAAGGCAGAGAAGGAAAGGUUAGCUUAAGAGGCUGAGGAAAAAGCAAAGUAAUAAAAAUUGGCAAAGGAAGCUGAAGAGAAAAGAUAAGCAGAAGAAAAUGCUGAAAAAGAAAGGCUAGCUAGAAUAGCUGAAUUAAAAAGAGUUGAAGAAGAAAAAGCUGAACAAGAAAGAAAAGCUAAAGAAAGAGCUGAAUAAGAAAGAUUAUAGAGAGAAGCAGAAUAAUCUAAUGAAGUAAAUUAUGUUGAAGAAGAAGAAGAAUUUUAUAAUGUUGAUAACAAGGAAAGCAAACUUCAUAACUAAGGAAAGGAACAUUAAGAAGUUUACUUAGAGCACAAAUAGUAGUCUCUUUCUUAAGUUGAAAAUUUUGGAAGCAAAGAUGAAGAUCCAAUUUAAGGAAUUGAAGAAUAACCUCAACAAGUUUAGAAUUAAGGUAUUUAAGAAGACCACAAUAAUAAAGCAUAAAAUAAAUCUGAACGCUAAAAGAAUAUUCAAAAUAUUUAAAUGUCAGAUACUUAAAAAAAUAUUUUGAGAACUUAAGAUAAAAAGAUGGUUGGAGCUUUGGAUUAAAGUUCAUAAAAAUCUUAAACCAAAACUUAAAACGAAACAACACAAUUUGAAGACUACACCUAUACUGAAGAAGAAUUAUAAAAAAAUACUAGUCGUGAAGAUAUAGUUAAUGCAAAUUUAGAAAAUUCAACAUUACUUGAGAAGCUUAUUAAAGAUGAAGAAAGGAACCAAGAUCCUAAUAAGCCUAGCUAAAAAUAAAAAUCUGAAACACCAAAAUCUAACUUAAAUAAUACAAGCCAACUAAAUACUACUACAAAUAAAAUGGUUUAAGGAGACUAAAUUUCACAUUAAAAUAAUACUACUAAUAACAGUUACAGUAAAUAAAUAAACCUCACCAGCAAUCCAUAAAAAUAACCAAUCAAAUAAAAGAAAAAGAAAAUUUGCUGUGAGUGGCUCCGUAAGUAUUGUUGCUGUUGCUGCCCAUGCUGGUGUGAAGAAGAAGUAGAAGAGUGA